AUGGCUGCCAUGAUGGGCCUCCUCCUGCACGAGGAGGAGCACCGGGAGCAGGUGUGGGCGCAGCUCCCCUGGCUCCUGGGCCAGUAUCAGCAGGUCCAGGACACUUUCCGGGUGACCAAGGUGAGGUGUCACACAGCGGAGGGAGGACAGCGCCUGCCCCUGCUUGUGCAGGCGGUGCGGUCUGUGCUGAGAGACCCCAGCAGGAAGGUGGCGAGGGCAGUUCUGCGCUUCACCAAGGAGCUGCUCAGCUGCAGCGUCCAGAGCUGCUCGGCCUGGGAUCUGGUGGCCCACGUCUUCGCCACGUUCAGCCAGGCCUCCGGCAGACUGGCGCAGGGAAACCUUUCUCGGGCAGAAGCACAGGAAGCAACAGACCUUCAAGCCCUGUGCUUGGACAUCCUGGGCUCUGUGGACGUCUCCGUCAGGGGGAUGACCAAACUCUUGUGGCCGCGGCUCCUGCAGUACGUGGUGCCAGCCCAGUACACGGGCACGCUGGUGCCCCUGUCCCAGUGCCUCCGAGAGCUGGCCGAGCGCCGGCAGAGACGCUUGCUCUGCGGCCGCUCGUCUGCCAGGGAGCGCGCGCUGACGCCGAGGGCAGUAACGCCCAGGAGCGGUGCGUGCGGGGGCCGGGGCCUUUCUUGCCCGUCAGCCGUCGGGGAGGAAGGGGCUGGGGAGGCCGAAGGGGAGGCAGGAAAAGGCAGCGUCCAGGCGUGA